AUAAAGUCGAAACAUAAAAUUGGACGGACGUUACUCCUAGCUGCGCCAACUUUUUGUCUCUUUCUUGUCCUUUUUACCCUUGCUUCCCUGUUCUUCUUCUCCUAUACUAUUUCACACUUUUAGCUCCUCAUACAACAGUAGGUAUAAUCACAGCUAAGCGUAUCAAGAGCCAAAUUUUUUUACAGAGAGAUCUAACUGCGAAAAUGGGUUGAUCUAGAAAAACCCAAAUCAAGUAAUUAAGGAGUUAUUGUUCAUUUUUGCGGCUGAUAAUCCCAGUUUUGAUUUCAUUUUCUUGGGACUACUAGAACAAGAUUUGGAAAUUUCAUCAGUGAGCAUUGAAUUGGGUGUCUCAAAGUUGUAGUAUAUUUGUUUUGGAAAGCCAUAUUUUUUUCCUUGGCUUACAUUUGCUGAGUUUGGAGGGAAUUUGAGGAGAAUUUGUAUAAUUUGUUAUAUUAACUUGGGAAGAUGGCUGCUUUGUCGCAUCAAGAUUCUCGACGUAUGUACUCAUGGUGGUGGGAUAGUCAUAUCAGCCCCAAAAACUCAAGAUGGCUUCAGGAGAAUCUCACAGAUAUGGAUGUCAAGGUUAAAGGAAUGAUCAAACUCAUUAAUGAAGAUGCUGAUUCUUUUGCAAGGAGAGCAGAGAUGUACUAUAAAAAACGUCCAGAGUUGAUGAAAUUUGUAGAAGAAUUCUAUAGAGCAUACCGUGCAUUGGCUGAAAGAUAUGAUCACGCAACCGGUGUGAUCCGGCACGCCCACCGGACCAUGACAGAUUUAGGACUUGGAGAUGAUUCACCUGCAGGUUCUGAUCCUCAAACACCAGAGCUAUCGCCAAUGCUUAGUCUUUUUGACCUUGAAGAGCUGCAGAAAGAUGCUCUUGGAGUCGCUGCAUCUAAUACUCAUGAUCUCAAGAGCAAUGGAGGAUUCACAGAUGAGUCACACUCAGGGAUGAAAAGAAAAGUAUUCAAGCAGCGCAAUAAUUUGUUUGGAGACCAGGGAAGGUUUGCUGACGGAAGGGUUAGGAAGGGUCUGAAUUUUAGUGAGGCAGACGAGAAAGUAGUGCAGACCAAUGAGAGCAACAGUUUGCAAACUCGAGCACUUCAAGAUUCAGAGCGCAUGGUUGAAUCUGAGGAGAUUCUGAAGUUAAAGAAAGCACUUGCCCAAGUGGAAGCUGAGAAAGAAGCAGGCCUUAUCCAAUACCAACAGACAUUGGAGAAAUUAUCUCACCUGGAGUCAGAAGUGUCCCGUGCCAGAGAAGAUUCCCGAGGAUUUGGUGAACGAGCAAGCAAAGCUGAAGUUGAAGCCCAGACUUUAAGGGAUGCACUUUCUGCAUUGGGAGCUGAAAAAGAUGCUAAUCUUAAGUUGUAUCAGAAGUCCUUAGAAAUGAUUUCUGAGUUGGAGAAUACUGUAUCCCAUGCUCAACAGAACUCUGUUACAGUUGAUGAAAGUGCUAGCAAGGCUGAACUUGAAGCCCAAACUUUAAGAGAAGAUCUUGCAAAUGUAGCAGCUGAAAAAGAUGAAGCUCUUAAGAAGUACAUGCAAUCGCUUGAGAUGAUAGCAAAUCUGGAGAACAAAUUGCAGUGUGCUGAAGAAGAUGCCAAAAAAUUAACUGAGAGAGCUGAAACAGCAGAAAAUGAGAUUGAAUUUCUCAAACAAGAAAUCCUAAAAUUCACUGGGGAGAAAGAAGCUGCAGCUCUGCAGCUCCAGCAAUGCUUGGAAACCAUCUCCACUCUAGAGCAUAAGCUUUCUUGUGCCAAAGAGGAGGCCCAAAGGUUGAAUGCAGAGAUCAAUAACGGAGUUGCCAAGUUAGAAGAUGCAGAAGAGCGCUGCCUUUUGUUAGAAAAAUCCAAUAAAUCUCUUCAUUCUGAGCUGGAAUCUCUGACACUGAAGAUGGGUGUGCAAAAUCAAGAGCUUACAGAAAAGCAGAAGGAACUGGGAACGUUGUGGACUUGUGUACAAGAAGAACGUUUGCGUUUUGUUGAGGCUGAGACUGCUUUCCAAACUCUGCAGCAUCUUCAUGCCAAAGCUCAGGAAGAAAUGAGGGCUCUUGCUCCAGAGCUUCAGAAUCGGUUACAGGUGUUGAAGGACUUAGAAACGCAUAAUCAAACAUUGCUGGGUGAAGUCCAGAAGGUUAAAGAGGAGAACAAGAGCCUCGGUGAAAUAAAUGUAUCUUCAGCUCUAUCCAUGAGGGAUAUGCAAAAUGAGAUAUCCAGCUUAAGUGAAGCGAAGGGUAAACUCGAGCUAGAGGUUGAGCUUCGAAUGGAUCAAAGAAAUGCUCUUCAGCAAGAAAUCUACUGCCUUAAGGAAGAACUUAAUGAUCAUAACAAGAAACUAUUAUCUAUUGUGACACAGGUGCAGGCAGUGGGCCUUGAUCCAGAAUGCUUUGAAUCAUCUGUAAAGGAGCUGCAACAUGAAAAGUCAAAUCUUGGAGAAACCUGUGAGAGGGAAAGAAGUGAAAAAAUAGCUCUUCUGGAGAAGCUACAAGUGUUCGAAGAGCUUCUUGAGAAAAACUCCAUUCUGGAAAACUCUCUGUCAGAUUUGAGUGCUGAACUAGAAGCUGUGAGAGGCAGUUUAAAGGAAUUAGAAGACUCUUGUCAAUCUCUUCUACAGGAGAAAUCUGCACUUCUGAAUGACAAAGUUACUUUAACUAGUGAGCUACAGGUAACAAUUGAGAAUCUGGAAGAAGUCUCAGCUAAGAAUACUGUUCUGGAAAAUUCCCUUUCUGAUGCUCAUGUGGAACUUCAAAGCUUAAAGGUAAAAUCAAAGAGCUUAGAGGAAUCAUGUGAAGUACUAGUCAAAGAGAAAGCAGAUCUUGGUCGUGAAAAGGAAAAUCUAUUUUCUCAGUUGCAAGCUGCACAAAUUGCACUGCAUGAUCUAGUGGGGAAGUAUUCAGGACUGGAACAAAGACAUUCAACCUUGGAGAAAGAGAAUGAAUUGACACUUCGUGCAUUUGAAGAACUGAGGGUUUCUUUGGAUGCAAAAAACUGUGAACAUGAGAGUUUUGUCCACACGACUGGGGUACGGUUGGCUGGUAUGAAAUCAGAAAUUCAUGUUUUGCAGGAAGAAUGUGAAUUAAGAAAGCAAGAUUUUGAUAAGCUUCUAGAAAAAGCUAUUGAGUCUGACAUUCUCAACAUCACCUUACAGACAUCAUCCCAAGAUCUUGAAGGAAAGGGCUCUUCUUUGCUGGGUGAGUAUCAGAAGCUUUUUGAAGCAUCUACAUUUUUUAAAACUUUAAUUUCUGAUUUAAAGCAGAAGAAUGUUGAACAAAAAAUGGAAAUGACAUCCUUGUUUGAUCAAGUUAGUAUUCUGAGAAAUGGGAUAUUCAAGUUGCUGAAGGCUCUUGAUAUUGUUCCAAACCAUGCAUGUCAGGACAGGAAAGACCAAGUACAUCUUGACCAUAUUUUUCAUAGAGUUGAAGCUUCUAAAGAAUCCUUCGACAAAACUGAGGAAGAAAAUCAUCAGAGGGCUAUUCAGAUGAAUGUUCUUGUCACAUUGCUGGAGCAGAUAAAAUUAGAGGUGGAGGCUCUUGAUGCUGAAAAAACAAUUAUUAGCCAAGAGUUGAAUUUCAAAUCGGAGCAAUUAUUGGCAUUGCAGAGUGAAGCCGCUGCACUCAAGGAGGUUAGUGAAGAACUGAAAUUGAAAAUAAUGGAGACAGGUCAUAAAGGGGAACUUCUAGAAAUUGAAAAUUGUAACCUGGCAAAAGCAUUACAGUUGGCAGAAGAUGAGUUGAAGACUGUUAAAGGUAUGAUGCAUCAGCUCAAUUUUCAAGUAGUUGCUAGCAAAAAUCUGAUGUCUGAAAAGGACGCUGAGCUUCAAAGAAUGGAACAGAAGCUUUAUCUUAGUGAAACUGAGAAAGCUGUGUUGCAUCAAAUUUUGAUGAACGAAGUCGCUGCACUCAAAGAGGGUAGUGAAGAACUGAAAUUGAAAAUAAGGGAGAAAGAUCACAGAGGGGAACUGCUAGUAAUUGAAAAUUGUGACCUAGCAAAAGCAUUGCAGUUGACAGAGGAUGAGUUGAAGACGCUUAAAAGUAUGACUGAUCAGCUCAAUGUUCAAGUAAACGUUGGCAAGAAUCUGUUGUCUGAGAAGGACACUGAGCUUCAGGGAAUGGAACAGAAGCUUUAUCUUACUGAAACUGAGAAAGCUGUGUUGCAUCAAAUUUUGAUGAAUGAAGUCGCUGCACUCAAAGAGGGUAGUGAAGAACUGAAAUUGAUAAUAAGGGAGAAAGAUCACAGAGGAGAACUGCUAGAAAUUGAAAACUGUGACCUAGCAAAAGCAUUGCACUUGGCAGAGGAUGAGUUGAAGACUCUUAAAAGUAUGAUGGAUCAGCUCAGUCUUCAAGUAAAUGUUGGCAAAAAUCUGUUGUCUGAGAAGGACACUGAGCUUCAGGGAACGGAACAGAAGCUUUAUCUUACUGAAACUGAGAAAGCUGUGUUGCAUCAAAUUUUGAUGAAUGAAGUCGCUGCACUCAAAGAGGGUAGUGAAGAACUGAAAUUGAAAAUAAGGGAGAAAGAUCACAGAGGGGAACUGCUAGAAAUUGAAAAUUGUAACCUGGCAAAAGCAUUGCAGUUGGCAGAAGAUGAGUUGAAGACUGUUAAAAGUAUGACGGAUCAGCUCAAUCUUCAAGUAAAUGUUGGCAAAAAUCUGUUGUCUGAGAAGGACACUGAGCUUCAGGGAAUGGAACAAAAGCUUUAUCUUACUGAAACUGAGAAAGCUGUAUUGCAUCAAAUUUUUAAGAACUUGAGCAGAGAACUUAUUGGGAGUAAAAUAAUUAUGGAGGACCAAGAAAAGAAGAUCCUAAAGUUGUGUGCUGACAGAAACCAACUGCGCACAGAAAACAUGCACCUCUUUGAGGCCAGUCUGCUAUUGCAGGAAGGGCUUCAGCAAUCGCGUGGUGAGCUUGAAAAGCUAAAGAUGCAAGAGGAAGCAUUGCACUCUGAGCUCCAGAAGCAAUUGAAUGAGACUGAGACAUGGAAGUUAGAGAUGGAUGUGCUUUUAGGUGAGUUGCAGGUCUCGAUGUUCUACCAUAUCCUUUACGAGCAGAAGAUUCAUGAGCUUGCAGAAGCAUGUCAAAGCUUUGAUGUCCAAAUCAAUUCAAAGGAUAAGAACAUUAAGCUUCUGAAAGAAAAAGUGCUCACUUUGAGUACUGAAAAUGAAGACCUUAACACUCAGUUAGCUGCAUAUAGACCUGCAAUCUUUUCUUUGAGCCAAUGCAUAUCAUCCCUAGAGAAGCAUUCCUAUUUGCAUGGGAAACCCAAAAGGCCUGAUAAUGAGGACACGAAGGACAUUGUAGUAGCUCAUACAGAUGACAGCACUCGUUUGAAAGACAAUGAAAAUGCAGUGGCAACCGAUGCAUUUUUUGAUCUGCAUGGAUUGGAAAUAAGGGUUCGAGCUGUUGAGAAGACAUUGGUUGAAAUGGAGCAGCUUGUGGUGAAGGAAAAUGUGAACAUGCAUAGCAAACUUCAGGCGGCGAUGCUACAGAUUGAGGAGUUAAAGUCAGAGAGCAGCCGGCAUAGAAGAAAUUCAGCUCCUAAAUCUGAAAUCUUUGAGGCAGAAAAUGGAAUCCUCACCAAGGACAUCAUGCUUGACCGUGUAUCUGAGUCUUCAUCCUACAGAAAUGGCAGGAGAGAGCAGGCUGAGUCGAAUAAUCUAGUUUUUGACCUAUGGGAUACUACCAGUCCUACUGUUAGUAAAGCAAAGUUGGAUGAUACUCCAAAUGCUGAUAAUGAUAUCGAUUUCCAUAAACGUGUUAUAUCAGUGAAGAAAAAGUGUCAACAUUCUACCUCAGAUGUGCUAGAUGAGAAGUACCCAGGUGAGGGCAAACUGAACAUCUCAAAGAGAUCAACGGAGUCCAUUCAAGAGGGAAACAAGAGGAGGGUCUUACAGAGGCUUGAUUCUGAUGUGCAGAAAUUAACUAACCUUCAGAUCACAGUAGUAGACCUGAAGAGGGAACUUGAGAUAACUGAGAAGGGAAAAAGGGGUAAAGCUGUAGCUGAGUCAGACACUCUCAAAGGACAGCUAAAUGAAGCUGAGGCUGCUAUUCACAAGUUAUUUGAUCUUACUGGUAAGUUGAUGAAGAACAUGGAAGACACCUUUGGUUCUGCUGAUAUGAAAUCUGCACUGGAGUCUGAAGAGGUUGGAAAUGUUAGUAGGAGGAGAUAUUCAGAACAGGCACGGGGAAUAUCCGAGAAAAUUGGGCGACUGCAAUUAGAAGUUCAGAAGUUGCAGUUUGUUUUACUGAAACUCAACGAUGAAAGCAAAGGAAAUAGCAGUAGGAUCCCAGAGACAAAAAGAAGGGUUCUACUGCGAGAUUAUCUCUAUGGCGGGGUUAGGAAAAGCAACAACAAGCGAAAGAAAGCACCAUUUUGUGCAUGCAUCCAGCCUCCAACUCAGGGAGAUUGAAGUUUUAAAUAAGGUGUGCAGUUUACAUAUGUUAGUUUAACUAGUUUAUAGUUCAUUUGUGUCCAUAUUACUUUUAUAGUUUCGGUAUGAAUACAUUCAGAACCUUAGCUUCUUGGAGAGAAUUUGUUGUAUAUCCGCGUCCAGCUAAAAGAUGCAGCCUUCUUAUUUACUAAUGUUUUCGUGUUUGCUCCAAGCUUGUCUCAAAUAAUUGGGUUGUCCCUGUACAUAUUUCUUCAACCUCUGUUACUUUUGAACAUGGAUUUUGAUAUUGGUCUCAUGUUAGUUAUUU